GAAGAGAGGGGGCUAGAAAAAAAAGCAGAAGCCAAACAAGAACGGUAGAGUUUGGCGUGGAGAGUCGUUUCUAUACGAAUCGACUACCACUGGCUGAGGGAAGGAUGCUUGAAAACAAAAGAGAGAGGUUGAAAACUUUCCUCAGGAAGAUUGACGAGAAGGCCAUUGUCAGAAUAAAACACUUCAUGAAAGAGAGCUACCCAGUAGAGAGCAGCAGUGGCGGGCUGCCAGCCAAAGUAAGGAAAAGCAGGAGCACCUUAAGCAAUGGCAGCAUCAAGAAGGUGGAGACGAGGAAAGCUUUGAGUUUAGAGGCGGCCCAGCUCGAGGUCCAGCAACAGCACAAAACCCUGACCAGACAAGCACCUGUCAGGGCGCAAACUUUUGAUGUCGACAGCAAAGGCUUUGAGAAGACCGAGGGCACUGGCUCUCAAAGUAGUUUCAAAAAGCACAACAAGACUUUUCACAAGUUGUUUCCAGACAUUCCAGAGAGUGAAGACUUGAUUCAUGCGUACAUCUGCGCCCUGCAGAAGGAAGUGCCCUACCAUGGUCGGCUAUACAUCACUGACACGCAUGCCUGUUUCUUUUCUUCUGUUUUGCUUAAGGACACUAAGGUAGUGGUUCCAGUUUCCUGCAUUAAAAAGGUGAAGAAGCAGAAUACAGCUUUGCUGGUACCCAACGCCUUGUCAAUUCGCACCAUUGAGGGAGAUAAGUACGUCUUUGUGGCUCUGCGGAAUAGAGAGUCGUGUUUUCAGCUGCUGCGUUCAGUCUGUCCUCAGCUAGAGGAUGUCAGUGCAAACAGUAGUCCUCUCUUCUCCUCAGCUGAAAACAGCUUUGAUAAGAACAAACUUGUGAACUCCAGCCAGUCCAGUCUGGACGAUAGCUUCGACCAAUUCGAUGGCUCCAAGUCUCAGACUUUACAAGAGGACCGCCCUCUGCUUAGACCACAUAAAGAGGCAGUGCCUAAUGUAAAUGGUUCCUCUCUGAAGAACCUGCAUAUGCAGCAGAGUGAAAGUUCAUCUACAGAGGAGCUGUCUUUGUCAGGUGGAUCAUGGGUGUGGAAUGUGACUGAAAAAGCCAAGUCCCUGGUGGUUCAGAGAGAGGCCAGCAACCUCAACACUCUGCUCUUCAUUUACUUGAUUUUGGUUCUGCUGCUGCUGCUGUCUUCAGGCUACAUCGGUUUACGUAUCGUGGCCCUAGAGGAACAGCUGACGUCCCUGGGCGCUCUGUCUGAAUUCAACUUACAGAGCGGGUACCAACAAGACACAUAACAAUCAGCGACUUAAGGAGAGAUUGGUUGACUCAUGAUCGGAAGAUAAUUUCUGCCUCUUCCCAGCAAUACCAGCCGGGGAACUUUAACGUACUCAGACUUUGUGGCCUGCGCAAAGGAAGAGUGGCCAACAUGUGCAAUUUUUUUCAGACACAACUUGUUGACUUGAAGGGCUAUAUUUCCUCCAAGUGCAGUAAACAACACAGCAAAACAAAAGGACAUGCUGCGACCCAGUCACGUAGAGCCAAGCCAAAAACGUGUACACGCACUGCCUGGUUGCAGUGUCUGUUUGAACCAAAGCCAAACGGCUCUAUCUUAGCGAGGUGCCACAUUAGCCAAGUUGAUGGGCACGCUUCUGGCAGCAACUGUUCCACAUCUGUGAAUUUACGUUGUCCUCUUCUUCCUGAGCAUGCAUUCUUGAACAGGGCUAUACCGGUUUAAAGCAUUAGCCUGCUGUAGUGCCGAUGAUUGCACCUCACCUCUCGAGACGUAGUGCUAUGCAUAGCCAAAGAUCCACACUGUCCACGUCUUUUGCAUGAGUGCACGGAUGAUGGAAUGAUGUUUUUGUCUGUUAUUUAGCCCUCUAUCAGCAGUGGUGUCUAUCCACCUUUUAAAUCCAGUCACUUUCGGGUACUUUUCUUCAAAUGGUUCUUAUAUUUCGAAUCAGCGGUGGGUUGAAAUGAUGAUGGCUAAGAUCCAAAAUUCAGAUCAGCCCGCAGAGGCUCGAUACUUUCCUGAUGGUCUUCACCUUUCUCUCUUUCUCUCUGUGUCCAGGCAGAAAUGAUUGCAGUAUUACUUUUCCUCGAGUUUGGCAUGAUUUAAACCUGUUUAAUGAUCAUUGCUCAGAGGUUAUUUUCUUCCCAGUCUCUACUGGAUGAAUGCAUCAACAAUGCACAAAAUACACGAGAAUAUUAGGAAGCUGUAUUGGCUAAAGAAAUGUUAUUGUGUACAGCUUUUCUGACUUUGGUCUUCAAGAGUAGCAAUCAAACCUGUCUUUUUGAUGUCAACUGCAAACCUCUCUCUAUGACAGGCCUCUUGGGGACCAAGGUGGCAUUUCUUCAGGUUAUUUAAAGUAGCACCAAUAACAUAUUUCUAAUGUAUGUGUCUGGGGAAAAAUGGGCACUUGACUGAUUCUGUGUACUCUUUGUCACCUGAAGAGGAUUUUUAUUAUUU